GCUUCCUCCUCCCACUAUGUGCGCCAAAGUUGGCCACUUAAACUCCUCUCAGGCAGCAAACAGGAGCUGUAAUCAAAACUAGCAGAACCUCUCACUAAUAUUUACUCACAGUUGCUUCAGAGCACAUUUCAUGCUUUACUCUGCUCACCGUGCUGUUGGUUUUUGGUAUCCACUCUAAGAACUUUUUUCUUCUGCACACUGGGCAUUGUCCACUGGUGCGUGUGUAUGUGUGUUUGGAUUUCGUUUUAAAUUUUUUUGGGACCUGCUACUGUUUCCACGGCGCAAAAAAAAAAACCACUGGAGAUUUCUGUGUGAUUGAUUUCUUUCAUUUAUUAGCGAGAGUUUAAAUUGUUUGGGAGUAGCUGGAAUGGCUACUUUACCAGGAACUGUUCCUCGAAUGAUGCGGCCAGCACCAGGCCAGAACUACCCACGAACCGGAUUCCCAUUAGAAGUUUCGACGCCUCUGGGUCAAGGUCGAGUGAAUCAGCUCGGUGGAGUUUUCAUCAACGGAAGACCACUGCCAAAUCAUAUUCGACACAAAAUAGUGGAAAUGGCCCAUCACGGUAUUCGGCCUUGUGUGAUCUCCAGACAACUGCGGGUCUCACACGGCUGUGUGUCCAAAAUCCUCUGUCGGUACCAGGAGACCGGUUCCAUUCGUCCGGGAGCGAUAGGUGGAAGCAAACCGAGGCAAGUUGCAACACCCGAUGUUGAAAAGAGAAUCGAGGAAUACAAACGCGAGAAUCCAGGGAUGUUCAGCUGGGAAAUCCGGGAUAAGUUGCUGAAGGACGGGGUGUGUGACAGAGGCACGGUUCCUUCAGGUGAGGCCUCUUCCGUUAGCUCCAUUAGUCGGGUUUUGAGAGCUCGUUUUGGCAAGAAAGAUGACGAUGACGAGUGUGAUAAAAAAGAUGAAGACGGAGAAAAGAAAACCAAGCACAGCAUCGAUGGGAUUCUCGGGGAUAAAGGUAACCGUACGGAUGAAGGUUCUGAUGUGGAGUCGGAGCCAGAUCUGCCCCUGAAAAGGAAACAGAGACGCAGCCGUACCACCUUCACGGCGGAGCAGCUGGAGGAGCUCGAGAAGGCCUUUGAGAGGACACACUACCCCGACAUCUACACUAGAGAGGAGCUCGCACAGAGGACCAAACUGACCGAGGCUCGUGUACAGGUCUGGUUUAGCAACCGAAGAGCAAGGUGGCGCAAACAAGCAGGAGCAAAUCAGCUGGCAGCAUUCAACCACUUGUUGCCCGGAGGGUUUCCACCAACAGGCAUGCCGACCUUACCCACCUAUCAGCUUCCAGAGUCGACGUAUCCCAGCACCACUCUGUCUCAAGUCUCAUGUGUUUCAGAUGGCACGAGUACGUUGCACCGGCCGCAGCCUCUGCCGCCUUCCUCCAUGCACCAGGGCGGGCUCUCGGCUGACAGUAGCUCCGCCUACGGCCUCUCAUCCAACCGCCACACCUUCUCCAGCUAUUCAGAAACUUUUAUGAGCCCAUCAGCUUCAAGCAACCACAUGAAUCCCGUGAGCAACGGCCUCUCGCCACAGGUGAUGAGUAUUUUGAGUAACCCCAGUGCCGUCCCGUCCCAGCCUCAGCACGAUUUCUCCAUCUCUCCUCUCCACGGCAGUCUGGAGGCGUCUAACCCCAUCUCAGCGAGCUGCAGCCAGCGUUCAGACCCCAUCAAGAGCGUGGACAGUCUGGCCUCCUCUCAGUCCUACUGUCCCCCGACAUACAGCGCGACCAGCUACAGCGUGGACCCCGUCACUGCUGGAUACCAGUACAGCCAGUAUGGCCAGACCGCUGUGGACUAUCUGGCCAAGAACGUGAGUCUGUCGACUCAGAGAAGGAUGAAGCUGGGCGAUCAUUCGGCGGUGCUGGGACUUCUGCAGGUGGAGACGGGACAGGCUUACUGAGUCCAACCACUGCAGGCACACCUUCACACGCUCUCAGAUGCACAAACACCUCCUUCGACCAGAUGGAGCUCCUGCAUCAGCCGGCACGAGCGUGAGAGGGUUUUCUCUGAUUUUCAAGACAAGAAACUCUUGCCAUUCCAUCUGACGUGACCUUCUUGUGAUUCUGGGCUCUGACAAGGGGACCAUGCAAUGGCUGCAGGCACGUCGACGGACGCCGCGUACAGCAAGAACGCAUUCCGAGCCAUUUCCAAAACGUACUUUCACCUCGCUGUGCAUAGUCGUGUAUGAAUCUCAGUGUCAUUACAACGGAUAAUCUCGCUUGUUUUCUAUCGAUAUUGUUAUUACGAUUGCCCUUACAGUUGUUGUAAUUAUGAUUAUCGUAACUAUUGUUUCGUUUCGUUGUUUCAGGAUCCACACGUAGCAUUUUUUACUAAUUCAAACCCCAAGUUUUUUACGUGGAAUGCUAGCAGUGGGCUAAAACAAAUGGGGGAUCGAGUGUAUGUGUGUGUGUUGAAUGUGUGACUGCUGGUUUUUCACUUUCGAGCUGUAACGUUCCUGAGCGAUUUGACCUUCUCUGCCUUCAUAUUUCACUUGACAUUCCAUGCAAACUUGGCCACUCUGUGGGAAGUCUGGCUUUCUGCUGGGAAUUAGCAGCGCUUUUAAAGGGCCAGCGACUUUUCCCUCGCUCAAAUGCUCGUUUUGUCCUCAGAGAUGAUCUGGGGAAAAGAAAACGUCAUUGUUUGGAUACAGAAUAUAGAAAGCUGUGAAUUUUAUUCUUUAAUUUUCUUGAAAGAAACAACAAUUUGCCCUCAAACUAAAAGACUAAAACUAAUAGUUUCAAACAUUCAUAUUAUGAUUUUGAUUUAAGCAAUGCAAACAUUUUUACCAUCCAUAUGAAUAAUACAGUUUGCUUUUAUCAUCUAAGUAAAAUGGUUAAAACGCACACGUGGAUUUUAGACCAAAUACAAAGUGUUUAAAAGUCUGGGGUCAGAAUGAUUUUUCAAAUAUUUUUGAUAAAAAAUGGAGUAAAAAUAGUAAAUAUUAUUACAAUUUAAAAUAAGUGUUUUCCAUCUGAAUAUGUUUUAAAAUAUAAUUUAUUUCUGUGAUGCAAAGCUGAAUUUUCAGCAUCAUUACUCCAGUCUUCAGUGUCACAUGAUCCUUCAAAAAUCAUUCUAAUAUGCUGAUUCGCUGCUCAAGAAACAUUUUUAAAUUUUAUCAGUGUUGAAAACACUUUUGCUGCUUUAUAUUUUAGUAGAAACAGUGAUACAUUUCAUUCAAGAUUCUUUGAUGAACAGAAAAAUCUGUAUAAAACAGCAUUAGAAAUCUUUCAUAACAUCAUGUCUUUACUGUCAAUUUUUAAUCAGUUUAUUGCAUCUGAAUAAAAUGAUCGACUUGUAUUGAAAAAAUUAAACUGACCCCAUACUUUUGACAAGUUUUGAUAAUUUCAAUAACAUUCCAUCAAUUUCACUGUAAAAAGAUUUUACCAGUUUUAACUUAAAAACUUUAGCAGCUGCCUUAAAUUUUUAAGUUAAAUCAACUAAAAAGCACAAGUCAUUUUAACUCACAAGUUAAAACAACUUAAAAGUCAUUUUAACUAAUUUUAUUGUAAUGAGUUAAAAUGACUAGUUUUAAGUUGAUUUAACUUAAAUAUUUAAGGCAGCUGCUGAACUUUAAGUUGAAACUGGUGAAAACUUUUUACAGUGUGCCCAUGACCAGUCAAAUAAUCUGUUUCGACCUCUUUCUUACUUUCUCUCUGGUUUUCAUUUUCUCUUUUUUAUAUUACAAGCCGAUACAAAAACACACACCAGGGCUCCUGUAAUUAAGAUCUCAUGCAUUCACAAGUUUGUACAAAAAAAGUUGUGAAAUUUCGACAUUUGUGUAGCACUCGCAGGUGACAUUUUGACACAUAAAUGGAACUGUACAGUAGAUGAAGCAGAUCGUUUAUUGUUUGUUUAUAAAGAAUAUGUUUUAUACUAAAACAGCAAAGGUGUUGUGUGGUAGAUGAAGCAGGGGAUAUGUGUAA